GUGCCUAUAAAGACUGCCACGGCGGGCGGGACCCCGGUUACUGUCCCUGCGCGGCGCGGCGCUGGUAAGUUGGUAUCUUGGUUCGCUAUGGCCCGUACAAAGCAGACAGCCCGCAAGUCGACCGGUGGCAAGGCCCCGCGGAAGCAGCUGGCCACCAAGGCGGCCCGCAAGAGCGCGCCGGCCACCGGCGGCGUCAAGAAGCCGCACCGCUACCGGCCGGGCACCGUGGCCCUGCGGGAGAUCCGGCGCUACCAGAAGUCCACCGAGCUGCUGAUCCGCAAGCUGCCCUUCCAGCGGCUGGUGCGCGAGAUCGCGCAGGACUUCAAGACCGACCUGCGCUUCCAGAGCUCGGCCGUGAUGGCGCUGCAGGAGGCGAGCGAGGCCUACCUGGUGGGGCUGUUUGAAGACACGAACCUGUGCGCCAUCCACGCCAAGCGCGUGACUAUCAUGCCCAAAGACAUCCAGCUGGCCCGCCGCAUCCGCGGGGAGCGGGCUUAAGAAGUGUGCGCUCGCCUCGAGGUUCCAUCAUAACCAAAGGCUCUUUUCAGAGCCACCCACAAGUGCCCUUGAAAGAAGCUGUGCCACUUGGCCGUGCGCUUCCGGCGGACCCUCGCGUGCCCGGGGAGGAGAGGGCGUCAGGGCGGGCAGAGCGUUGCGCUGGCAGCAGACAGGCUAGAGGGUCAGGUGUCCGGCCUAGUGCCCUGCUUGCUGGCCGCCUCCCGGGGUGCCAAGGGCUUAUGAGUUUGGUGAGUCUGCUUGUCUGGCCUGGCGAGGUUGCCGCCGCUUUCUUGGGCGCGGCUAGGGCGCCCAGCUUCGCCUUUUGGAGGAGGCC